AUCUCUUACUGUCUUCUCCAAAAAGAAAUCAAAAUUAUUAAACUUGAGCAGAAAAAAAGAAGAAAAAGGAACCUCACAAAGACGACUGAGAAUGGAGGAUGCUUCAAAACAAACAAUCGCACACGAAGUUGGAGGAAUUAAUGAUGCCCUACGUUUUGGUUUAAAUGGUGUUAAGAGUGAUAUAGUUGGAGUUCAUCCUGUUCAAUCCACCUUUAAAUCUACAAAGAUGUCACAGGCUGAGAUGAAACGGAGGGGUCUUGCUAUGACUUAUGGAUCUGCUUUUCCAUUGAAGAUGGAUCUAGAUUCACGGAUGCUAGCUAGGUUUCAAAGGCCUCCAGGGGCGGUGUCAUCAUCCAUGCUAGGUCUCGAGGCUGUCAAUGGUACCUUGGAUGACUUCGGUUUCGAAGAUUUCCAUUGCCUAAAUGACCCACGUGAAUCUGAAACUUACAGGCCAGCUGACAUGCAUCAUGGAAUGGAAGUUCGUCUUGGCCUAUCCAGUGGACCAGUCUGCCCCAGUUUCAUUUGAUCUUCACUUUUGAAAGUGAGAUAGAUAAAAACUCUUCCUUCUGGUUGCAAUUUCAUGGUGGUCGUGCUUAGUAGUUUGCCUGUUCAGCACAGGGUACCUCCUUAUAUACAUUGAAGUUCAUUUUCGUAUGCAUUUGAACCAGCAAUGUGCAGAACUUGUUAGAUUCCUUGAAAUGAAAACUGAGUAUAUAAUUUUAGAGUCUAUGUGAUUUGCUGUAAGCUUAAUAUCAGUUUAUGGUGUCAAUGAUCAUCUUUGGUAAUCCGUACCUUUAUGAAGAAAGAGAUGAAAUUUACCAGUCA